GUCGCAAGAAAGUGAUUAAAUUAAACCGUCGAGUGUGAAAUUCGUCAGCGUUCCUCGGCCGCUUCUUGAAUGUGGCUCAAUGGUUUGUGCUGCGGAGGACUCUGCGGCGUCGGAGAGGUCCUAAAAGGCGGCGGCCAGCAGCACCCAUACGACGACCGGCAGGACCAGGAAGAGCUCAAUCCCUCCUCAGAUUGUGGCACCGGAAACGAAUCUAAAGCGACCCUCAAGGCACGGCCUCAUGUCGUUAUGGGGUGCACCCCGAGUAUCCUUUCCAGUAAUAAUCAACAGCAACAGCAGCAACAUCAACGGAAGGACAGCUCGAGUUUGUACGGGGGGAACCUGUCGAAUGCCGGGUCCGGGACCUUGGCGGACAAUAAUGGUGCCGGCAGUAAUAAGUUUGCGAACAACGCCGCAUUGAAUCAGGCUCAAAUGCUUGGUUACGGUCCGGGUGGGAAGGAAGGCAUCGCGGGCGCUGGAACCGGAGCAGGAGAAAAGGAAUACCCUAAAAAGGAUUCGAUUGUGUCAAUUUCCGGCUUAGGACAUGUAUCAGUCGUGUCAAAUGUUCUAAGGAGGCCCAAUAUAGGAACACUUGGCGGUUUGGAAGUGGGGUUGGAGUAUCGGAUAACGAGACGCCCGCCCGUCCACAUCGACACGAAUAAUGAAUUACCUACCUACAACUGGACCAUAGUGAAAGCCACUAAUUAA